AUGUGGUGGUUCCAGCAGGGUCUAUGCUUCUUGCCCACCUUUCUGGUAGUCUGGACUGCAGCGGCGUUCGUCUUCGCCUACGUGACGGCAGUGGUCCUCAGACAUGUCGAUCCUCUGGUGCCUUACAUAAGCGACACAGGGACAAUGGCUCCCGAGAGGUGCUUGUUUGGCAUCAUGCUGGAUGUGUCGGCCUUUUUAGGUAUGGCCACAGUGUACGUGCGCUACAAACAAGUGGAGGCGCUAAUGAGCAGCGAUGAGGACCGGAUCGCGUACCGACUGAACCGUUUCGGGCUGCUUCUUGGCCUCUUCAGCUCCGCGGGCAUGUGCGUCGUAGCUAACUUCCAGAAGACCACGCUGUUCUCGGUUCACCUGUUGGGCGCGGCGUUGACGUUCGGUGUGGGCGCCCUCUACGUUAUGGCACAGACGGCGCUGUCGCACCGCAUGCAACCGAACGUGCACAGCAAGGCAGUGUUUCAUGUGCGGUUGGUGUUGGCGAUGUGGACGCUUGGGAGUAUCGUCACCAUGUUUGUAUCGUCUGUCGCCAUGUAUGGCAGUCUGCCCGGAGUGGACGUCGCACGCAAGCUGCACUGGACGCCCGGAGAGACGGGCUACACGGCUCACAUCAUCAGCACGGUGAGUGAGUGGUCGCUGGCGUUAUCCUUCAUCAGCUUCUUCCUGACGUACAUUCGGGAUUUCCAGAAAAUCACGCUACGAGCGGAAGUGGACAUGCAGCACGGCCAUCUGUACGACAACCCGUGGCAGUUUGCCGCCGACAGAGCUCAACCCUCCGAGUCAUCGCCGCUGUUGCCGGGCGGAGACACGUAA